UUCGUGCUGCUGUUCGUGUUGACGUUUUGCGAGCAGCGGACGGAUGUUGCCGGGUUUCUCUUUUCUAGAAAAUUCUCCCAUCACCACCCCUUCGUGAGCACCCCCUCCACCCCCCUCCCCCAUCGUGUCACGCACGCUGCUGUGGAUUCAAGGCGUUUAUUCGCGGGUUUUAAGAGGAGAGGACUCCGGUUUAAAGAAGCUUAUUAUUCCACGAGAUGGAGAAGACACGGACGUCCCCCGCCCUUCAAACAAAAGAAAGGAGCGGGACUACGGGUCGCACAGCAAGCGGACUCACGCAGCCGUGGGCAUACUAAGCCUAUCCGUCGCGCGAUACAUGGACACAGUCAUGGCCGGACGUGGAUGGAGAGAGUCCGAAUGAUGAACCGCGACUGAACCGACCAGGCGGAUCCUCCGUAGGAUGGGGUGUGUCAAAUCCAAGGGGGGCACCUACGCGGAACAGGACGGGAGGAAGACCAGGGGGGAUAAGGCCCACUUGGUGCGUUCGGAGUCGGGCCUGGUGGAAAUAAGUUCUCCUGGGGUCAACCCGGCGCUGCUGGACUACGCCCAGAAGCUCUCGGAGGAGAUCAUGACCCGAGCUGUGCAGCAGUGGGUGGAGGUGGACCGCCGCUACAGCGACAUCCCGUACAUCGAGUGCGACGUGCCGUGAGCGCCGUGUACGCUUGGCUCGUCCAUCAUGUCGGUGAGGCUCUGGAUAAAUGUGCAGACACGGGGAAUUUAUUAAGCCCUUUUUACAACGUUUUUUUUUUUUCUUUUGCACCCACUCUGGAAGUUCGUCCCCUCACGAUGUUUAAACGUUGCAAAGGAAGGAAGAACUGGUUAGGUAUGAUCAAAAUGGAGCCUCCAUGAACCAGAAUGCAAACAAACAAACAAACAAAGAGGACUUCCAUCCAUCCAUUUUUGGGUGGCGGGGGGUGCUGGAGCUAUCCCAGCCACAUUCGGGCGGAAGGUGGAGUACACCCUGGACAAGUCACCAUCUUACACAGGGCCAACACAGAUAGACAGACAACAUUCACACACUAGGGCCAAUUUUAGUGUUGCCAAUCAACCUAUCCCCAGGUGCAUGUUUUUAAAGGUGGGAAGAAGCCGCAGUACCCGGAGGGAACUCAGGCAGUCACGGGGUAAACUCCACACAGAAAGCUCCCGAGCCCAGGACCUUCAUAUUAUGAGGCACACAUACUAACCCCUGUUCAACCAUGCUGCUCCAAAGAGGACUUAUGAACUCAAAUAUAAGACGUUCCCCCUUAUUAAUGAGUGAAUCUCUACACCUUGUCCCUAGACUCUGGAUAUAUUACACAGGCGUACACAGAGAAUCAUUUAUUACAAACUACGUCAGGGAUUCUCAAACUAUAGCACACGAGCUCCAUCUCACUUAACUACGUUUUAAAACACAGUGUUACUGUUCAAACUCUGUGUAUGGUAAAUGGUAAAUGGGUUAUACUUGUAUGGUGCUUUUCUACCGCCAAGGUACUCAAAGCGCUUUGACACUUUGUCCACAUUCACCCAUUCACACACUGAUGGCGGGAGCUGCCAUGCAAGGCCCUAGCCACAACCCAUCAGGAGCAAGGGUGAAGUGUCUUGCUCAAGGACACAGAUGUGACAAAGUUGGUAGAAGGCGGGGAUAGAACCAGGAACCCUCAGGUUGCUGGCACGGCCAGUCUCCCAAACGCGCCACGCCGUCCCUGUAUAAAUGUUAAAGUGGCCAAAAUAUUAAAUAUAAAAGUUAAAUAAACCCUCUGGUCUGUUUUUAAUGUACACUUAGGCCUACUAGGCUACUGUAUUUUAAUGAUGGUCAUUAUGGUGGUACCUGGAGAGACAUGUUUUUUACGCGGUAGUUCAUGGUAGAAAAUAGUUUGAGAACAACUGGGAAGGUAAAUAUACGAAUAUAAGCUUGUGUCCACACUCAAUGAUACACUGACAGUAUGUCAGGAAUGUUUUUUUUAAUGUAUUUUAAAGAAAAAAUAUUAAUAUUGGUG